AUGACGGAGCCUCAUAACCAGAACAACCCCGGGGUUGCCCCUGAAGAUGUCCCAGCCAAACUGAUUGACAUGAUCGAUACGCCACCCAUUGCAUUGACUCCAGCAGAUGAAGGAAGCGAUUUUUACAACACUCCAUUUGUUGUAGGUACGCCGGCGACUACGGCGCAAAAGCCGGAAGACAAAGAUGAUAAUAUGGUUACUGAGGCUCCUGUAUCCUCGAACCCACCUCCCAUGAUUCCCGGCUUGAGCCUGGUCAACGACGGCCUCAAUCAAAAUCAAACAAGCCCGACGCCCGGCGCGAAAGAGAACCCCAAUGGCACUGAUCCUAUGAUUCUCAGUACAGAGACAACAAACGAGUCUCAGCCUGCUACUGUGCAAAACGGAUCGGAGACAAAGAUUGAAGAGACGGCAAAGCCCGCUGUGGGAGGUACAGAUGCGAUGGAAGUCGAACAGGAACAUAAACAGCCCCAAGGAGGAUCUGGAGCGAACGGAGGACUGGAGGAGAGCGACAAGACGGCAACUGGCACGAACGGUACAGAGAAUGCCACCGUUGAGAGCGCUGCGACCGGGCAAGCCGAGCAGGAACAAGAAGAGGAGCACCCCGAAUGGGAAAUGGACUCCGACCCGUAUGAGUCCUCCUCAGACAGUUCCGACUCGGAUUUUUCCGAUGACAGCGACGAGGAUGAGGAUUAUCCGAUCCUCAGUCCCGAGGAACAAGCACGAAUCUUGAUGCAGGGGGAGCUGGGUUCCGAUGACGAAGGCGAUGGCAAGGGUAAAGCUGGCGCUCCUCUAAAGACGGCCAACGAAAUCAUGGAAGACUGCUUGCCUAUCCCUGACAUUACUAUCACACCGGAAAUGAAGAUUAUUCUCCUAGGAAAUGUGGAGGCCGUCGUUGAAAACACAGUUCUCAUUGCCGCGAAUGUCACCGGAGAGUACCAGGUCCUCGAGUCAGGGUCACUUCUUUGCCUGGAAGAUCGCCGCGUUGCUGGCGUGGUCUCCGAGACUCUAGGACGGGUCGAGAACCCUUUAUAUACUGUCCGAUUUCCCACUACGGCAGAGGUCGAAGAGCGCGGUCUCUCGAAAGGCGCUGUGGUGUACUACGUCGUGGAACACUCUACAUUCGUGUUCACCCAACCACUGAAGGGCUUGAAGGGAAGCGAUGCGUCCAAUUUCCACGACGAGGAAGUUGCCGAAGACGAAGUCGAGUUCUCCGACGACGAACAAGAAGCUGAGUACAGGCGGAAGUUGAAGCAGAAGCGCCAAGAGCGAAAGGGGAAGAACCAGGACGGUGGUCCCAAGGCUGCAAGAGGGCCACCCGGCCCUUCGAAGCUGAGCCACAGCGAGCUCAACUACGACGAUAACGAAGAUGGCUAUACCCCGCUUGCCCGACCUAAGAACCUGCACGAGAUGAUGCGACAGGAAGCGCCCGUCGAGAAUGAUGGUUUCAACAGGAACUCUGGCUAUGGCGGUCGAGGCCGCGGUCGAGGCUCUGAUCGCGGCGGCCGUGGUGGUCGAGGGCGUGGAAGAGGCGGCAGGGACCAGUCACACCAUGAUCGCCAGCCGUAUCAUCAGCAGGAGAGGUCGGAAGCCCAGUCUCAGUCUCAGCCUCAGCCUCAACCCCAGCCCUAUCCCGCAUUUAACCCUCAGCAAUACCCAGCCUACUCAACCCUCCCGCAACAACCUCAACAACAGCAGCCUUACACCCAAGCUGCAAUGCCGACAGCACCAUUCAACUUCCAAAUGCCAUACCAGCAGGCCUACCAACAACCCAACCCAUACCAGCAAAUGUCACCCACUCCGCAUAUCAAUCCGAUGUUCCUAGCUGCCUUACAGCAGCAACAGCAGGUACAGCAAUACCAACAGACGCAGGCACAGGCGCAACCCCAACAGCAGCAGUCCGGGGUAGGUCAACCGCAGCAGAACCAGGCUAUGAACUUCGACCAGGUGAAGGCCCAGCUGGAUCUCCUGCGGCACUUGAGCAAUGGGCAAAACCAAUGGCCCCCUCGCCAGUGA